AUGGAGGAUGUCACUGAGGAAAACAUAGUGACAGCAAUACAAAAAGGGGAUUACCCGAAUGACAGUCGUGAGCUUUUAUUAAACAUCAAACGGUAUGGCAUCGAUAAGUAUUAUCCGGGCCAAGGAAUUCUGUACCACCCAGCGAAUGAUAUCAAAAGCUGGAACCACUAUAGCAACAAUGAAGAGGAGGACAGCGUAUACAAAUGGCAUGUAUUUACGGAUGGAGCCAAGAAUGAGAAAGGCACGAGAGCUGCUUUUGCUAUUUAUGAUUCUAAAACGGGGAAGACUGUCCACGAGGAGUAUUAUAAGCUGCUCAGCCACUGCUCCAAUAACCAAGCGGAGCUGUGGGCGAUGAAUAGAGCUCUAAACACCAUCACAAGCAACAUUAACAAAUAUAAAGGUGGUAUUAAGUUCCAUGCCGAUAGUUGCUAUGUACUCAGUACUUUAAAAGACAAUAAUAGGCACUUAAAAACUGGCAUCAACACAAAGUUUUUAGCCCACAAUCUGGGAAAACGCAAAAAGGUUGCCUUUUGCUGGGUACCCGGCCAUAGUAAUAUCCGUGGUAACGAGAGAGCCGAUGAGCUGGCCAGCAAAGCCACAGGUCUGAAUUUAGCGCCUACUUACGAAAGCUACCCCAUUUCUUACAUACACAGUAUAAUCCAGGAAAACAGUAUGACUAUAUGGCAAAAUGAAUGGGCAUCAUCCUCUACGGGAAGAAUGACUUUUAACUUUAUCCCUGACAUUAAGAAAAGGCAGAAUAUGCAUCAUAUUUCUCCCUCAUACCCUCUAACACAGUGCAUGACCGGUCACGGUAAUCUCCCAGCCUAUCUUCAUCGGAUAGGCAAGAAAGACAGCCCGAACUGUGAGUGUGACAAAAUAACCCUUGGGGAUGCUAUGCACACCCUUCUCGACUGCCCUCUUCAUAACAAAGCAAGAGAGACCCUCAUUACCUUCUGCCUCCAUCAUGGCCGCCUGAAAUAG